UAACCAUCUCUCUACGAUAGCUGUCAAAUCUUUACGAUGGGCAGUCGUGAAGCUCACUCUCUUCUGUAAGCAGUGUGUGUGGUACGAUACAUAGAAUCAGGGAGUCGAAUCACACGUCUCGUCAGAUUCUGAUGGAAACUCAAUGGAAAUGAGGCCUUCCAGUCUAUUCCGGGCAGACCUAGAGUGCAGAUCGAUGAGAGAUGAGAUAUCUUAGUUUAUGUAAAAUCCCGCUUCCAUUUACGAACUGCGAACAAGCCUUGCAACACAUCACAGAAGGGAUAAAUUGGGUGAGCUCUAUGAGCUUUGUGGUGUAGACUGAUCCUUGCCGUUCACUUUCUCUUGUCGCAAACGAGUUGACGUUUCGAUCACGUUUUGAAAUCGUCUUCUCGUUUGACCGAACAAUUUGCUUAUCGGAGGAGUUCCAUAGCUCGAGAUGCCUGCGUUUCGGCGCGUGCGGACGUGCUUCUCAGCAGCAUACAGGUGCAUUGGACUCGACUAUGCUGGCGGUGGUGGCGAGGAUGACAGAGACAGGAGAUCGAGAAAAAGGGCACGUUUAGCGGACAGUUUACAACAAGAAAAAAGCACCAUGGCAGCAGCACCGAUUACAACAACAGGCAUCGAAGUUGCAGAAAUCGAUUUAUAUCAAAGGUCGCUCGACAGCGAACAUGGAUUCGACAUCGAUGAUGAAACCGUGACCGAAGAAGAAAUUCGAGAAAGAAGUCCUGAGAUAUCCACUCGAACUGCUGCAGCUCAUGGGGAAAUCACAAAUAGCCCACCUUUCGAUCCAUCACAGCGGGUACAGGAAAUUGUUUCACAGAUUGACGUCAAAGAAACUGGAGAAGGGAAUUCUGAAGCAUUCAAUGGCCGCAUGGUAGCUCUGGAGGAGAUCAUAAAUCACGUACCUCUCGAGGACAAGUUGAGGGUGGUGCCUCUGGUUUGUAAGGCGUGGAGGGACGCAUCGAGAAGCCCCGCGUCGUGGAGAACCGUGGAUCUGACGACAUGGACAAGGGACCGGUGGAUUCGACAUGACGAUCGCCUGUCGGAUGAAGCGCAGCAAAGUAUAAUUCAACAUUUCUUGGAUCUUAGCGGCAGCCAGCUGCGUGAAAUUUGUAUCACGGGAGGCUUAUGCACGAUCAAAUCUGUCGAAGCCAUCGGACUGGCGUGCUCGCAGUUGAAAAGCCUGACGAUCACCAACACCUCGCAGCUCCAUGACUCUUCGGCCAUCGAACUGGCCCAACGCUGCCGGCAGCUCGAGGCGCUGGAUCUCAGCGACUGCUACAACAUAUCGAAGGAAACCUUGAAGAUGUUCGGAACAUACAAUCCCUCGCUGACGAAGCUCUCUCGCAACAUGCUCAGAAGCCUCAGUUUAUACGAUGACAAUCUAAGGCCGCCGCAUGGGGAUGAGGAGGCCCUAGCAAUCGGAACUUACAUGCCCGGCUUGAAGAUUUUAGAGCUGAAUACGAUGACCACCUUGACGGAUACCGGAUGCUCACACAUCGCGAGAAAUUGUCAUCUGCUGGAGUGUCUUGAUCUGAGUGGCUGUUUCAACGUGACUGCAGAUUCCUUAAGAGAGAUCGGCAUGAACUGCCAUGCACUGACAAAGUUUGCCAGAAAUCUGCACAAUGCUUUCAAUGACCGGGAAUAUUACGAAAAUGGGAACGCCGAAGCCGGAGCCAUCGCCACGCACAUGGUCAAUCUGGUCUCGCUGGAGCUCGAUGUAAACCUAACUGAUCACGGGGUGAGGGAAAUCGCCCUCGGUUGCCCGAAGCUGGUGAGCUUCAAGCCUGGAGCCAGGUGCCGGAUCAGUCAGCAUCUCGUGCACGAUCUCUCCUCUAAAUUUCGUCUCAAAAUUCCCAACAUAAAGCACGCAAGACAGUGGGUUUCAUGAGCGCCAAAUGUCCAGUCCAGAUUUUCUUCCGACCCGUACUGAGUCACAAUAGCUAGAACGAUGAAACUGCCAACACAAUGAUCAGAGAUUAGUUUCUAUCGAUCUUGAGUUUUUUAUUAGAGGCCGUGUUCAACAUAAUUAAACUGCCUAUUGUAUACUAGGAAGUAGUCCGGAACAGUCGAGACUCGUCACUGUCUUCUUCUUUAAGAUACAUUCACAGACAUAACUUCGAAAAGCUUCC